UUAUUUAAAGAAGAAGCACUUGUUAUUAAAUAUAUGAUUGAAAAGGACGUCAGACCAUCUUUUAAGUUUGAGAUAAUCUUUUGACAACAGAAGAUGAGGACAGCUUUAGUUCUAGCUUUGACCGCAGUUGUCGCUGUAUCAGUGUGUCAUAAUGAAAUGGUUUUAACCGACGGAAACAUGAAUCGUUAUAUCGAUGAAGUUAUUUCAAAUUUUCGAAACAACAAAGAAUACGUUUCCGCGAUUGACCCGUUUAGUAUCCCCGUAGCAUUAGACGAGUCAGAUCUUAGAGUGACAAACAUAGUAGUGAGAGGCCUAUCAAACUUGAAGAGAUCUGGUGAUGUCAGCAUAAAUCAUAACGACGCAACCGCAGUAACUGAGUUGGAUGGAAGAAUAUCAGUCACGAGUAUCACACUUUCUGGAAAUUACUGGGCUAGAAUGUGGAUAUUCCAAAUCAGUGGAGAGAUAUAUGGACAUGUCAGUGAAGUAGCUGUGAAACUGAUCCUGAACGCCGAUACAAACACAGGACAAGUUAGUCUCAAAGAUAUUCAAGUUGUUACGUUUUCGGGACUUCAAAUUACAAAAGUCACAGGCCUAACAUUCCUUUUCAACUGGAUCUUGAAAAUUAUAGUGAACAACGUAGCACAAAGUAUGAAAAAUAAAAUUAUUAAUAUCGUUCAAGAUAAACUGAAAUAUUAUCUUACAGAUAUCUUGAAAAAUGUCAAGUUUCCAGUAAUAUGAAAUUGAUGGAGUUCCUUGCAGUACGCUAUUUCUAUACAUGAAUACUUGAUAUCAAAUUUACACAAUGCGUUAUGAUUUUCAAUGUGUAAGGUUUCCUAAAAUAAGACGUAAGGAUGCUUUACUUUAUAGCUUUUUUUCAUGAUUAAUCUUUAAUUUUUUGAUGAACGUAAUCGACAUGUUAAAUUUCCAAUUGGUAUAUGGGAUUCAAAGAAAAUAAAGCAU